CAUAAGAGCUUCUUAGAAGAACUUCCUUUCUCUCUUUCAUGUUCAAAUCAAAAUAGGAAGAGGUUUUCCAUUUUGUCCUAAGAAGACAGAGAUGUUUGCUUCUAAUUUCCUCAGAAAUAGCUUCAAGCUGGUCCACCAAUAUCCUAUAUCACGUCACCAACUUCAACAUUCCAAAGUCUAUUCCAGAGUACCUCAAACUUUGAACAGAAUUAAGACAAUGGAACUGAAGCGGCAGCUGUCAAACUCAACUCCCUGCAGGUUUUUCUCAUCAUCAUCUGCUUCCAGCAACGUUGGGUUCAUCGGGUGGUAUUUAGAAAUGCUCAACUCUCGCCCCAUUCUCACCAAGACCAUCACUUGCACUCUUAUUCUCAUUGCUGCUGAUUUGUCGUCUCAGACAAUUGCUGGUUCACUGUCAGAGCAGUAUGAUCUAAUAAGAACAUUGCGGGUAGCUGGCUAUGGAGUGCUAAUUUUAGGACCUUCACUUCAUUUCUGGUACAAUGCAUUGUCAGCAUUUUUUCCAAAGCGCGACGUGAUCACCACAUUUAAAAAGAUAGCUUUAGGGCAGAUCGUAUAUGGACCUACCAUGAAUGCUAUCUUCUUCUCCAUGAACGCUGCAGCACAAGGAGAAAGUAAUUCAGAGAUUGCUGCCAGACUCAAACGUGACUUGGUUCCUACUGCUAUUAAUGGUCUUAUGUACUGGCCCAUAUGCGAUUUUAUCACAUUCAAAUUUGUCCCUGUUCAUUUACAGCCACUAGUGGUCAACACAUUUUCUUAUGUGUGGAAUGUCUACCUGACUUGCAUGGCAAGCCAACAGAAAGUCGCUUCAGCAUAAUUCUGCAUCAGCUAACAAACAAGCUGGACGCACAACUUUGGAGUAAUUUUUCUUAUGAUUACAUGUUAGAGUGGUGGAGCAGAAAUUAGCAGAAGCAAAUGUGUAUUGGAUAUAUUUAUCUUAAGUUAACAUGGGACCAUCAAGGUUCUUUCUGUAAAUCAGUGUUCUCAUCACAUAAAUCACAUAUUGUUAAGUGCCA